AUGUCGUUUGGAGGAGACUCAGCGAAUGCCUUUGUUAUGCAUGGUGAGAAAGGACCAGAAAACAUCAUGAGGAUAGAUGCCAAAAAGGAUUUGGGCAUCCGGGUCUCCUCAAACUUGUCCCCACUGCACCAUGGAAAAUCGGCCCAAAAGGCAUUCGGCAUUUUACGGAUGAUCCGACGCACCUUCUCCCUCGGAGACCCAGAUGGAUAUGAGUGGUUUCACAGCCGGGAUGGGGAACAUUUGGAGCAGCUUUUCCCGAAAUUCGAAGCUUAA